AUCUUGGAUUUUUUUCGUUGUUAUCAAACGGACAUACUUACUUAUCCGUGUGCAAAUAAUUACGUAUAAAGUAUGGAUUUAAUAAGAUUCGGAUUAUUAACAGUUAGUGAUAGCUGCUAUAAAUGUGAAAAUGAAGAUAAAAGUGGACAUGAAAUAGAACAAUGUAUUAAAGAUGAAAAGUCUGAUAUUGCAAAGAUUUUAAGAGGUCAAGUAUGUUAUAAACAUAUCGUUCCUGAUGACAAAUUUACAAUAAAGGAAUAUCUAAUUUCAUGGAGCAGUAAUGGACAAGUAGAUGUUAUUCUUACAAUUGGUGGAACAGGAUUUUCUAAAAGAGAUGUAACUCCUGAAGCAACAAAACAAAUUAUUCAAAAGGAAGCUCCUGGAAUAAUUGCAGCUAUGCUAAUAUCCAAUCUAAAAAUCACUCCAUUGGCUAUGUUAUCUAGAGGUGUAUGUGGAAUACGAGAUAAAACAUUGAUUAUAAAUUUACCGGGAUCACCGAAAGCUGCAAAGGAAUGCUUAAGCGUAAUCGCAUCUGCUAUACCACAUGCUGUUGACUUAAUUAGAGAUAAUAAGGAAAGAAUAAAAGAUACGCAUGCAAAUGUGCAAAAUAACAUUGUUGCAGAAAUUCCCUUGUCACAAGGACAAGAUAAAAUUAUGUCAUGUUUAGCUAGUAUAGUUGAACGCAGUAGAGAAUCUCCAUAUCCAAUGAUCUCUGUGGAAGAAGCUCUACAGUUAAUACAUAAACAUGCAGAACUGUUAAAUUUGAAUGAUACAUCAGAGGAGGAUCUAGAAAAAUGUCAUGGCAGGAUAUUAAGUGGUGAUCUAUAUUCUAAGUAUGAUUUACCACCAUUUAGAGCCUCUAUUAAAGAUGGUUAUGCAGUCUUAGCAAGCGAUGGAAAAGGCAGAAGAAAAGUACUAAGCGGAAUAAAAGCAGGAGACACUGCCACUGCGAUUAAACUUGAACGUGGCAUAUGUGUAAGAGUAAAUACAGGUGCUCCAAUUCCAGAUGAUGCAACAGCAGUUGUGCAAGUUGAAGAUACUAAACUUUUAAAGGGAACUUCAGAUAGUAUGGAGGAGAAGGAAAUCGAAAUUAUGACAGAAAUACAACCAGGCCAGGACAUUAGGCCAAUUGGUUGCGAUAUUAAAAAAGGAGAAUUAAUUUUGAAGUCAGGAACAAAACUUGGAGCAAUAGAAUUAGGGCUUGCUGCUGCAUGUGGUUACAAAAAGAUAUUAGUCACUGAUCUUCCAAAAAUUGGUGUAUUAUCUACAGGAGAUGAAUUACAAUGUCCUGGGACUACUUUAAUGCCAGGACACAUAUAUGAUAGUAAUAAAAUUACAUUAUUAACAAUGUUAAGGGAAAAUGGUUUUGAUCCUUUGGACAUGGGCAUUGCAUUGGAUGAUGAGAGCAUUAUGGUACAUAAGAUUAAACAUGCUCUAAAACAAGUCGACGUACUCAUAACAUCAGGUUCUGUAUCAAUGGGCGAUAGAGAUAUGCUGAAGCCUAUUUUACAAUAUUAUUUUAAUGCUACUAUACAUUUCGGACGAGUAAACAUGAAACCUGGGAAACCAACUACUUUUGCAACAUGCUUUUUCCAAAAUAAGAAAAAAUAUUUAUUGUGUUUGCCGGGUAAUCCAGUUUCUGCGACUGUUACUAUGAAUUUAUUUGCAUUGCCUUUACUAAAGCAAUUAUGCAAAGACAUCUCCAUGCCAACGAUUGUGUCAGCAAAAUUAAUGUCAUCUUAUAAGUUGGAUCCACGUCCGGAGUAUGCAAGAGCAAUUUUAAAAUGGAAUGAUGUAGAUACUUUGCCAUUAGCUUACAGUACUGGAAAUCAAAUUAGUAGUAAAUUACUUAGCUGUAAAAAUGCAAAUGCAUUAUUAAUAUUACCAGGAUGUAAAGCAGAAAAAACUGUAUUACAACAAGGGGAGGUGGUACAAGCAAUGUUGUUGGGAUUUACGCAAUGGUCAUAAUUGAACAAAGACAAAUA